GUGUAAGAUACGCAAAUGGUCAGUCUCUCUUGAUAUAUCUUAACGGACGAAGCCUUGACACGGCUGUAUCUGCUAAAAAUUAAAAUGGUGUCGAGGAUUGUGUGCCUUGCGUUGUUAGUGGCUGUGGCGAGCGGAGCCACGUGGCGGGGCAAGCUACCGCCGAAACCUGAACAUCUUGCCCACAAAGAAGGUUGCUAUGUGAAAGAAGUUGGUGACGUCAUACCUUUCGGAUCUUACGUUUCCCCAGUCGGAGUUUGUUAUAGAAUAGAAUGCGGAAAACACUUGAUCCAUUAUGCUUCGUGUGGCGUUGUAUUGUCACCCGAGGUACCAAACUGUUAUGUCACAGACGUUGACCUGAGCAGGAGCUACCCAAGCUGCUGUCCAGAUAUCAAAUGUGAUGUAGACAAUAACCUUAUUUAAUAACCAGAGCCAAAAAACACACAGAAGAAGUUUGUGUGUCUUUGGAAUAGGAGGGACGAGAAGCAAUGGUUACCGUGGCAACGUCAAAUGCCAGACAUUAGAUGUUAUCUAGGCAAAAACUGAAUUUAGUGGACCAACACCAAAAAUAAGACCGUAUCACUUCGGCGUAGGAGGUUUGCAACGGUUACCAUGGCAACGGCAAAUGCCAGACAUCAGAUGUGACGUUGAAAUUAGAGUAACCGGCAUUAAAACAACCACAGAAAGAAGUUUGGGUCUUUUGUGAGGAGGUGAAUUAUGCGGUACGGGUUGCAUGGUUACCAUGGCAACGUCAAAUGUCGCUCACGUAUUGGUUAAAACUUGGUUAAAACUAUUUAAAACAGUGGAGUAUGAGGUUAAUCCUAGACGGACAAAAAAUUGUAAAGUUUGUCAUUUUAAAGUGGUGAAGCUUUUUUACAACAAUUUUAUGGAAAUGUCCCAGAAUAUUUUGUCUGGGCUUAUUUUAACUGGUGCCAUUUUAAGAUUUUAUUUAAAUAACGAAUGUAAAUUAUGAAGCACCACUUGGUAAAAGUUAGAAUGUUUAUAUUUGAGAAUAAUAUUAUUGUUUUUUUCCUGUUGAAGUUACGAGUAUUAUAAGUUUAUGAAAAACAGUAUAAAUAAACAAAAAAAAUAAAAAUAGAAACUGAGUGUUAGUUGCUGGAAAAAGAAUUGAAUAAUCGGAAAAAAAUAUAUUUUAAAGAUUGUUUUAUAUUUAAAAGUUUGAAUUCCUUGAUAACAUCACACUUGAAUGGAAUUUUGAUAAAAAUAUUAUGAUUGUAAUCUUGAUCAUAAUUAAUUGGAGACUGGAGAGAUGUGUUUAAUGCUUCAUUUAAAUUCUUCUCUAUAAAAUAUAGAGAUUACUAAUACACGGACCAAUAAUAUAUUAUGUAGUAUUGUUACAACAUAGCACAGAGUAAUAAGAUGGUAUGUUACAUCUGCAAAUAAAUAAAUAUUAUGUUACAAUUUGUAAAAUAGCCUUAAAAAGCAUAUUGAAGUGAAACUUCUUUAUCGGGGUUGUAAAAAAAAAAUAUUGGAACAUUUUUUCGUUACGCGUCACAUUUUUCCGUAACGCGCCAUCCUUUUCUUAUUCCUACCACGCGUGAUUCGACGUAUUUCUGUAAAGUUGCAUAUAGUAAAUUAUUUUUUGAAAAAUAAGGUCAUAAAUAAGUUUCACUUCUUACGUGUGUACACUAGUACACGCACACAUUUUUUUUAAUUUGUAAUUAGCGGAUCACUUAUUAGAAAUAGAAAAUAGUUAUUUAACGUUGCUUGUUUAAGUGUAUUUGUGAAAAAAGAAGUAUUUUAAGUUUUUAGUAUGUGUGAUACAGUGGGUGCUCAAAGACUUUUUGUUAAGAGUUCCUUUUUUUUAAGAGUUUGUGAUGAUUUUGAUUAUCUCGCUCUAGAAGCUAUCUUGCCACCAAAUUGUUAUUAUUUAUUUAAAUGAAUAAGUUAUUGUAAAUUGUUCUUUAUUUUAAUCUACUUAAGACAUCGUAUUGAUUGUCAAUUUGGUUUCUACGAUGUUAAAGGACGAUUGAAAUGUUUUGUAACUUAAUGUUUAAGUGAUUUUAUUUGUAACUUUAGUAUAAAAGACUAAAAUAGAAAUUGUAAGGUUUUAAAAAUGCAAUAAAGUAAUUUGUUUACGUUAA